CGCUCGGGUAGUGCACGCCGCACUGACCUCGGCCCGCCCCGCCGGGAAACUAACAAAGGCGGGCGCGAGCCCGAAGCCCAGGAGCCGCGAGCGGCGGCCGCGGGGCUGGGGAGCCUGGGCCGGGCCGGGCGGGGACUACUCCGGAGUCAGGAGGCAGCAGCUGCGGAGGAAGCGGAUCCCCGGCAGUCAGCGCCGCUCGGACGCUGCCGGCACCAUGGGCUGCUGCACCGGACGCUGCUCGCUCAUCUGCCUCUGCGCGCUGCAGUUGAUCUCAGCAUUAGAGAGGCAGAUCUUUGACUUCCUUGGUUUCCAGUGGGCUCCUAUUCUUGGAAAUUUUCUGCACAUAAUAGUUGUCAUAUUGGGUUUGUUUGGAACCAUUCAGUACAGACCUCGAUACAUAAUGGUGUAUACAGUGUGGACUGCCCUCUGGGUCACCUGGAAUGUGUUCAUUAUCUGCUUUUAUUUGGAAGUAGGUGGACUCUCAAAGGACACCGAUCUAAUGACAUUCAAUAUCUCUGUACAUCGGUCAUGGUGGAGAGAACAUGGGCCUGGUUGUGUCAGAAGAGUGCUGCCUCCCUCAGCCCAUGGCGUGAUGGACGAUUACACGUACGUCUCUGUCACAGGCUGCAUCGUUGACUUCCAGUACCUAGAGGUCAUCCACAGUGCUGUCCAAAUACUACUCUCUUUGGUGGGUUUUGUGUAUGCCUGUUAUGUGAUCAGUAUUUCCAUGGAAGAAGAAGACACAUAUUCAUUUGAUCUGCAAGUAUGCAAACAUCUUUUUAUCCAGAUGCUGCAAAUCACUGAAUAGAGCAAGAGUCAGUAAGAUAUUAUCACCAAAUUGUCACAUCAGUCAGGCCUCAUGUGCUUCCUAAGAACUGAGGUGAUGCACUACUUUAGAUAGAGUGUCAUUCUAAACCCCAGAUUCAACAUCUUCCUAAUCUUUCUAGUGCAGUCUAAUAUAUAAAUUUUAUGAAAAACAUAGGUUUUUUUUAACCUGAAGUGCUAUUUGAGAAUAUAUAUUAAUUCUUAAAGAUUGGCAUUGGUUUUCAUAAAAUGUUAUAAACUAUUAUCUUAGCAUCUUACCAGGAAUUUCCACUAAAUUCACCAAUUUAUGAUUUGUGAAAUCUAAUUUCUUUUACUUUUUGAAAAUUUUCCGUGAAUUUCCCAUUUUCAGUGUUGUAGCACCUCUCUCUUCCUCUAAGAUCCUCCAAACUCACCAAAAGCCACAAUCUUAUUGUACCAGCAGUUUUAUUUAUUCAAUCCUUUAACAAGUAGUUAUUGAACUUCUAUAAUGUGCCAGGCUCUGGGCUUGGCACUGGAGCUCACCUUAUGCCAAACAGAUACAAUCAAUCCAUUCAAAGUGUCCUAAUUACACAUUGAGGGACCAACUAUAUCUUUUCUCAUUGUAAACUUGGAGCAAAAGUAAAUUCAUUAAAAUAACUUUACAUUAUAGUGCCACAAAAAAAUGAACAGAACCAGAAAGCAUUUUUUAUAAAAAUUAACAGAACAGUGUCAUAGAGGGAAAAAGGAUGUGAGAUCAUGGUGCCCUACCUUCAAUAGGGUAGCCAGAAAACACCUCUCUGAAGAAGCAGCAUCUGAGCUGAGACCUGAAGAACAAGGAGUCAGUGAUGCAGAGAACCUUACGAGAUGGCUUCCAAUCUGAGAAAACAGCUGUACAAACAGCAUCGAGCCGGCACCUGCUCAGCUUUUGGAAAGGACUCAGGAAGCUUUUACUCACGAUGGAAGGCAAAGCGGGAGCAGGCACGUCACAUAGCAAGAGUGGAAGCAAGAGAGACACCAUGCUGUUUUAAACAAUCAGCUCCCAUGUGAACUAAUAGAGAGAGAACUCACUUAUUUCUGUAGCGAGGGCAUCAAGCCAUUUACAAGGGAUCCAUCUUCAUGACACAAACACCGCUAUCUCCCACCUCCAACACUGGGGAUGACAUUUCAACAUGAGAUUUGGAAGGGACAAAUAUCCAAACUAUAUCAUAUGGUUUGCAGAUAUUUUCUUCCACUCCUUGAGUUACCUUUUCAUUUUGUUAAUUGUUUCCUUUGCUGUGCUGAAGCUUUUUAGUUUAAUGAAAUCCCAUUUGCCU